UGUUCUCCUUAGAAGGAAUUGGCAGAAUUCUGCUUCUGGCUUCUUGUGAAUCUAAAACUGGGCCUGUCCCUUCCAGGGAGGAAUGGGUGCUGAAGGGAGGGGCACCGUUAGUGAUAAGAGAGGGGCCUGGCAGGAGGUGUGUUUAAUUAGCUAGGAGAGCCAUGCUCCACCCCCUGCUCCGCUCCCUUUUCUUUUCCUGGGUGGUUAGAAGGAGGUUUCCGCAGCCUCAUUUUGAAAGGCUCACUUUGCCUUCUCUUUGCUCCAGAAAAGUGCUCAGGGCUAAGGUCCCUGGCCGCCAUGAAGCUGAACGAGCGGAGCCUGGCCUUCUACGCCACCUGCGACUCGCCGGCGGACAACACGGGCUUCCUGUACAAGAAGGGCGAGCGCCACACGGCCUACCACAGACGUUGGUUUGUGCUCAAGGGAAACAUGCUCUUCUACUUUGAGGACCGUGACAGCCGCGAGCCCGUGGGCGUCAUCAUCUUGGAGGGCUGCACGGUGGAGCUGUGCGAGGCCACCGAGGAGUUCGCCUUUGCCAUCCGCUUUGCCGGCGCCCGCUCGCGCACCUACAUCCUGGCGGCCGACAGCCAGCCGGCCAUGGAGGCCUGGGUCAAGGCCCUGUCCCGCGCCAGCUUCGACUACAUGCGGCUGGUCGUGCGUGAGCUAGAGCAGCAGCUGGAGCAGAUGCGGUUGGGCAGCAGGCGGCGGACUGAGCCCCUGGUCCCACCACGGCGGGAACGCUCACUGCCCUCGAGUGGCUCCAAGGAGAACGGCUGUGCCGUGUGGAGUCAGGAGUCAUGCAGCCUGCCCAAUGGGACCCUCCCCAGGACGAGCCACGAGGGGGCCCUUAGGCCUCCCCCACUCCCACCCCGGCGGAAGCCCUCCCUGGGCAGCAGCCCUGUCCCCUUGCUGGUCCCCGAGACUCCUUUCACCCCAGGCACCACCACCUUCUCUCAACUUCAUGACUGGUACGGCCAGGAGAUUCUGGCCCUGAGGCGUGAGUGGCUGGAGAGCCGAGGCCAGCUGUGAGCCAGCUGGGGGAGAACCGGGGGACGUGGGGCUGGAAAUCAUCGGAUCAUCCGGACCCAUGGUCCAUGUCGGGGAAAAAUCUCCUCUGCUGGAAAGUCCCUGACCUGAGGUUCCCAGGGAGGAUCCGUCUGGCUGGCCCUCGGCUCACGGUCAUCCGGAUGGAAACAUCCCUUUUUCCCCUCUGACUCACUCUUGGUCCAUUGACUGCUGAUCCUGGCACUGGGCAGCGGGCAUCUGAUUCCAGGCAGAAGCCUGCAGGACUGGCCCUGUCGGGGCAGGGUGGGUGUCCGGGUCAGCCACCCAGCCCAGACCCUGCUUGGCCACUCAGUCCAGAGUGAAGGAGGGUCAGGCUUUGUCUCUAGAGCCGGGCUGGCGUGGGGCCUGGGGCCUCUGCUGGUGCCUCCCCUGUGCGGCCUCCUUCUAGAGUAGGGGAAGCAGGGAGGGGGCCUGUGUGCCCGGGACCCCACUCUAAUGGUACAAUGUGUGUGUCUGUGUCUCUGUGUGUGCAUGUCCUACCUGUAUCCCGUGCAUCAUUGUUUACAAAGCAUCCUUUCUCCUCACUGCUCCUCAAGGGGCCGGGUUUACUACGCCCAUCCUCCAGUACGUCAAGAAUCUGGGAUGUUGUUAGUGGGUGGAUGCUCCCUUCACCCACACAGAUAGCAACUCGUCCCUGCUUCUCAGGUCAUCUGAGGAGUUGUUGUGACCCCCCCAAAUUGGCCACCUCCCAUCCCCUCCCAGCAUCACCAGGAAAACAGUUCUGUCACUGGGCUCCUCCCUCAGCCCAUUUUACUGAUGUGAAAACUGAGACUCAGAGAGGAGAAGUGAUGAGAACUAGAAGGGACCUUUGACAUCUCCUAGUCUAAGCUCCUCAUUUUAUGUGUGGCAGGGCUAUAGUCCUUGUUAGCUUACAUUUCUACGAAACCUUAAUGUUUGCUGAGCGCUUAUAUCCAUUAUCUGAUCCUCACCACCACCUGUGAAGUGGGUGCUGUUGUCUGACCCAUUUUACAGAUGGGGAAACUGAGGCCUGUCGCGGUAGCAUGGCUCACCAGGGUUACGCAGCUAACGGGUGUCUGAGGUGGGCUUUGCAGCUAGGAAACCCCGCCCUCCACUUACUCCGUUGUGCCCCUGGCCCAAGGUCAUAAGUUGCAGAGACAGGAUAAUGAAUCCUGGUUUCCUGCCCGUGGUCAUUCAGUGCCUCAGUUUUCCUCUCUCAGUUCUGUGCCUGUUCAGCUUAAGCUGGUUUUUUUUCAGUUCUAAGCGCAGUGAGAGGGCACAGCAGGUGCCUGGAGGUGUGCCAGCAUCCUGAGCUGGGCUGUGAUGGGGUUCCUGGGGAGGGGGAACCCUCAUCCCUGACUCCAGAGCACAAUUCUUUCAACUAUUCAAAGGGAUUUCCGUUUCUUCAGCCCUCCCUGGAGAAGCUAUGUGUGGUCUAAUGUGGAGGGGGCCGAGCCUGGCCUUGGGGGCCAGAAAGACCUGAAUUCAAAUCCUGACACACCCUCAAGUCACUUACCUUUCUCAGUGCCUUCAGGUAUCCCUGUGACACCGUGUCACAGACUUCCAGAGCUGUGGGGCAUUUUCUGCACCCGGAAUUCCCCAUAUUGACCUAGUCACUGGUCCUAAUCCCGUCAUUCCCUACAAAACCCCUACUCUGCCUCAGAGCCUGCUGCCUUGCCUUGCAAUCCUCUAAAAGAAUGCCCAGGCAGAACCCUGAGCUGUUACAACUGCCAGGAACCUUGGCGUUUGCCUCGGGAAGAUGCUGGUUCCUACACUGGCCAGAAGACUUGUCUGAUGUCACACUGACUUAGAAGCAGAGCUGGGAUCCCAUCCUAAGCCUCCUGCCUGUAAACCCAGGGCUCAUCUGCUGCCAGUUCAUUUUCCGUCAUUAACUCUGUGCCUGCCAACAGCCUAGGUUUUGGGGCUACACGAGCAGGACAAUUUCUGACCUCUGGAAACUUGCUUCUUCUUUGCUGCCUGCUGUUCAUUUACGUCUAAGACCUUCUCCAGCAGGAAAAUUGAGGGAGAUUAAUUCUAGAAUUGUCCAUGGGAGGUGUCGUAGCUAGGGGGAUAGGGGAGCCAGGAAGUCCUGGGGGACCAGGACCCAGGAUAAGGCUCCAGGCAGCUUUCUAAGACUUAGGAGUUGCAGAGGUGGACGGAUAGCCCUCACCAGUGAAAUUUCAAGUCUGGUCCAAAAAAAUAAAAAUUCAAGAUUUAGGGCUGUGUCAUGAGUAGACACUGGCUUCGUGGGCUGGACCUGGGAGCUGCCCUUUCUGGGAAUGUAUGUUUGUAGCUUCUGGAGGUGGUGAGUUCUCUACCACUGGAGGACUUCAAGGAGAGAUUGGGUAAUCAUUUGUUGGGUACGUCAUCGGAGGAUUCUUGGUCAGGUACAUAGACAGGUGACUUUGGUUCAGCUCCCAUGCUAAGUGGAUGAGUUCCCCCCAGUGUUCCAGAGCCAUGGAGUUCGGGGGUGGGGGCGCCUUCUUGGUAACUUGUUUUCAUUGGAUGAGAACCUCAAGGCCAUCACCUCCAGUCCCCUCAUUUUACAGAAAAGACAACUGAGGCAGACAGAGAUGAAGUGACUUUUCCCAGGGUCACAUGGCUAAGUGUCUGAGGUAGGUUUUGAACUCAGGAUUUCCUGACUCCAAGUCCAGACCUCUGUGCACUGUGAUACCUAACUUAACACCUCAUUCAAGAGGUGCUGAGCAUAACAAUACCCCUGGACCAGGGUUUGGGGGUAAGGUCCCAUAAAAUGCUGGAGGCUGCCUCCUCCCAUGACCUAGUGACAUGUUUCUAGUUCUUAGCAUGUGAUGUGUUUCUUUCGUGGGCAAGUGUGUUCGUAGGGUGGGUCUCCUAUUGGGACAGAGAGGGAGAGGCCAUGUGAUGAAUGAAGAGGGACCCGUUUGUCCCCAUUUCCAGCUUGCCUGCAGAGGCCUUCAAGGCCAAGUUUCUGCCUGGCUCUUUACCAUCUCACUGCUGGCCCAGUGCAUUAUGAGUGGGGCUUGGAUUGUGAUUAUGAUUAUGAUUAUUUUUUUUUAAUAACUUAGGGCUUUCCCAGGUACUUUGUGAUGUAUGGGCUGUCUUCCCUCUCUGGUCCAUGCAUGGUGAUUGGCUUUGCAAAGGAAUGUUGGGGUUGGAUCUUAGAGAAACCAUUCUUGAGUAGAGGGGCAUCCAUUGGGAAGAAGUAGAGUGACUGAACACUCCCCUCCCCCAUUCCUCUUUCCUCUCUCCCACAGGCCCCUGCCAGGGCUGGAACAAUGUAAGUUGAGCUGUGGCUUACCUUCUCAUUCCUCAAGCUAUCUAAAUUAACCACGGAUUUUUCAUGCAGGUCAGAUAUGAACCCCCAUUUUACAGAUAAGUCACUGAGGCCAGAGAAUGACUUUCCAUGCCCCCAUGCUCUCUGUCUGGAGAUAGAGGAUCUGAGUUCAAAUCCUAUUGCUGAUGCUUUUUUGCUGUUGAGCUCUUGAGCUUGGAUAAGUCCGUUAACUUCAAUGUUCCUCAGUUUCCUUAAUAGAAAAUUAAGGGGUAGGGAUAGCUUGCCCCAAAGUCCCAUCCUGCUGUAGACUAGACUUAGGAUUCCAGGCAGGUAUUAGAGUGGAGGCCACAACCCAGGUGUUCAGACUUCCAGAGUGCCUUCAUUUCCUUUGCUGCAGAACGAAGGGGUUCGAUCCUUGGUUCCUUUAGGGAGAGGGUGAGGAAGGUGGCUCUGUCUGGUCUGAGCUCUGAGCUCCAGGAGGGCGGCUUAGGAAGCUGAACAGCCCCCAAGCCCACCCCAACAUUCCCAACCUCCGUUCUGAGCCCUGGGGCAUGGCAGAGGGUUUCCAAGCUUUUCACCAAGUUGGAUGUAGAGACAGUGGCUGAGUGUCAUUGUGGGAAGAGGGCCAGCCUCCAAGCCAGGAAGACCUGGCUUCAGGUCCCAUCUCUGACAUACACCUCCAUGCUGUUUGUGUGACACUGGUCAGAUUAUUACGUCUCCCAGUCCUAGUCUCGACAACCCUCUAGAGCUAAGUUGCUCAGGAGGUGCUGCCAUGCAGCUGGAGAGGGUUUCCUCACUCAGGAGUUCCCUGUACAGGUCCAGUCCUCAUCCCUAUGCCUUGACUAAAGAGAAGGCUUAUGGCCAGUCUGAAGCACUGCACUCUCUGGGGUGGGGGAGGUGGAGGUGGGAGCUGGGCGGGGGCCUGGACGACCUCCUAGAUGGAACUCCCAGCCGGACUGACUGAGAGACCCAGCCCAAGGCACAAGACAGGAGGUGCCUUCUGGAGGGGGAACCUGAGGAGGGUGGGAAUUUCUGGAGUGCUGAAAUAAAAUGGCCUUCAUGAA